GCGUGCACUUGAGCUGAUCAGAGUGAUAUUUGAGCUACUUUUGGCAUCAAAGGACGAUACAUUCAUGAUCCCGGCAGCUGCAGCUUACGCCAUGGUCUUUGCUGCUCACCAUGAACAACCAAUCAAGAAUGCAGUGUCAGAGGCCAUGUAUGACCUCCCCACAAGAUCACAGCUCUUACAGAUGGUAAACGAAGAAGAGGAAUCAGCGAACGUCCAGCUGAAGAAAUACGUUGAUGCAUCUGCUAUCGUGACUCGCUAUAUUGACGAGCAGUUCACCGGCAAAGGAUUGGGCACAAACUGGUGAAGAAGGGUGCUUGGUUAGGUGUGACAAAUCAAUCUGGCUUGAUGCUUUAAAACUAGGCUAUGUAUCCCCUCCCCAUGAUGUCAUCUUUCUCAUGUUUUAAAUAAAGCAAUAGUACUGUCAUCUUUCAUGUAUGCAGAUAAACAGAACUUGGAUGUUUGUAUUGCAGAUUGUUUAGUUACUGUUAAUUUCCAAAGCAGCAUCUUGCCUAUUGCUUC